UGUGCCUUGAUUCUAUUCAUUCGCAAUCCCUGCAAACAACUUGUUGGGUGGGUGCCUGACGUUCCUCGGCGACGCCAUUAUUGGUGGUGGCAAAACCUAGCGGUGGUUGCGGCGUGGGAACUCGGAGGAGCUGUGACGGCCAUGGCUUCCAAGGCGCUAUUGGUGUAUAUGCUCGUUGGAUUCUCGCUGGCUGUUGUAUCCGUUCAUUUUGUUGACAACUACGCACGUCGCGAUUCCACGAAGCCGUCGCUUCUUUUGUUUUCGCGUACGAGUGGUUUGGAACAGAAUAAUGGAUCCGACGAUAAAGUUUGGCCUGAAUUGAAGUUUAGUUGGAAAGUUGUUUGUGCCACAGUGAUAGGGUUUUUAGGUUCGGCAUGCGGGACUGUGGGUGGAGUUGGAGGAGGCGGCAUUUUUGUCCCUAUGUUGGUUCUCAUUGUUGGCUUUGAUACGAAGUCUGCUGCUGCUAUUUCCAAGUGCAUGAUAAUGGGGGCAUCGGCUUCAUCUGUUUGGUACAACUUGAGAGUGCCGCAUCCUUGCAGAGAAGUGCCAAUAAUUGACUACGAUUUGGCUCUUCUGUUCCAGCCAAUGCUUAUGCUCGGGAUCACCAUUGGUGUAGCUUUGAGUGUCGUCUUCCCGUAUUGGCUCAUCACGAUCUUAAUCAUAAUUCUGUUUAUGGGGACUUCGACAAGGUCCUUUGUGAAGGCAAGUGAGAUGUGGAAGGAAGAAUCUAUGUUGAAGAAUGCUAUGGAAGAUAAACGAACAUUUGUUAAUUCUCGUGGAGAGUUGCUAAUUGAUACUGAGUAUGACCCUUUGGUUCCCAGACAGGAGAAAACACCUAUGCAAAUUAUGAAGGACAACCUUAAUAUCAAAAGACUGCUGGUGCUGCUGCUUGUUUGGGUUUGCUUCUUGCUUCUUCAAGUGACCAAGAAUUACACGGCAGCUUGUACUACAAUAUAUUGGGUGCUUACCUUGGCCGAGGUCCCAGUUGCUCUUGCUGUGUUUGGUUAUGAAUUUGUUAAGCUAUACAGGGAAAGCAAGAAAAGGAGAAUGGAAGGAAACCAAGAGCUCAUAUGUGAGGCAGCCAUACAAUGGACCGCCACGAAUCUUGUGUUCUGUGGCCUUUGUGGUAUCUUAGGAGGCAGCGUUGGUGGCUUGUUGGGUUCAGGUGGUGGUUUCAUUCUUGGCCCUCUCCUACUUGAAAUUGGGGUCAUUCCUCAGGUGGCAAGCGCGACAGCAACUUUUGUUAUGAUGUUUUCAUCAUCAUUAUCAGUGGUGGAAUUUUAUCUUCACAAAAGGUUUCCCAUCCCAUAUGCUGUAUACCUGAUGUGCGUGUCAGUGUUGGCUGGCUUCUGGGGACAAUAUUUCAUUAGAAAGUUAAUUGCGAUCCUGAAAAGGGCAUCAAUCAUCGUCUUUGUUCUUGCUGGGGUCAUCUUUGCCAGUGCUCUCACCAUGGGUGUUGUUGGAAUAGAGCGAAGCAUCAAGAUGAUCCACAACCAUGAGUUCAUGGGAUUCCUGGAUUUCUGCAGCAACCAAUAAUAUAGCCAGCAAUAUCCAUCAGGAGUGAUCGUAAAAGACAGCACAAAGGGUUCCAUGUCAAUGCCUGGUUGACCUGCCUCCCCUUUUGUGCUGGCAGCGUAUUGUAUUGUACAUAAUGGUGAAGGUGAUGCCAAUGCCUAAUUAUUAUUAUUAUUAUGAUUGUUAUUAUUAUUGUAUAAUAGCAUUCUAGAAUUCAUAUUAUAUUUGUAUGGUAUAUGUGAAUGUGCACUAGGUGGCUAUUGUGUUAGCUAUCGCUAACACCACCACAUCAGAAAAAAUAAAAAGAUUGUUGAUAUUCUUAU